AUGGUGAUCAACUAAGCAGAGUUUGCCACGGCCGUGGCGGUUGCGACGAAGAAGAGAGCGUUCAAGAAGUUCUCAUUCAGAGGAUUCAACGUCGAAGCUCUCCUCAAAAUGUCGAACGUUGAUCUCGCUAAGCUCUUCAACGCUCGUGUUCGCAGGAGAUUCUACAGAGGAUUAAAGAAGAAACCUCUGAUUCUGAUCAAGAAGCUACGAAAGGCGAAAAAAGAAGCAAGUGUUGAGAACAAGAAGAAGCCCGAAGCAGUGAAAACACAUCUUAGGAACAUGAUCAUUGUUCCUGAGAUGAUCGAACUCGGAAGUGUUGUCGGAGUUCAUAACGGGAAGAAAUUUAACCAAGUCGUGAUUAAACCGGAGAUGAUCGGUCAUUAUCUUGCUGAAUUUUCGAUGACAUGCAAGAAAGUUAAUCACUAUAGACCACGUAUCUGUGGUUGUGGUUGUUACCGUCGUUCCACCAGGUUUAUUCCUCUCAGGUGA